AUGGCAAUCUAUUCAUCAGUCCCGCCACCCGCACAACAGGCGUCCGGUCUAGCAGGUCCAGAUAUCGAAGCCUGGACGGUCUCUGCUUUAGAAUCACUCAAUGUUUCUCCCACUGCUCGCGGUACUGGAGUUACACUCUCUAUUCCCCUCGAACAGGACGAGCUUCCCAAAGACGCGACACCCUCAAGGCCUAUUGCCUACAAACCUCGCAAAGAACUUUUGAAACGCGAUAGCCAAAAACACAGAGAGACAUUGCUGAGGGGAAAGGAGGGCAGUCGUAGACGCCAAAGAUGGGAGAACGAUCAUCUUCUCCAUGUUCCAAAUGCCCAACCACCACUUCCAAGUGACUGGGAAGUUCGCCCGACCUACCCCGUUCAUCACGUACCAUAUUACUUGGCUCCUUUGUGGGAUGCGGGUGUUCGUCACCGAGCUGAGGAAAUUGCUGCUGAAAAGAAAUUGGAUAAAGCAAGAAAAUCUGGCAGCUGUGAGGAGAGAGGUCGUGUCCCGCAAGAUUUAAGGCAGAAGCUCAAGAAAAGCAAGGGAGCUAAGAGCCUUUUGCAAGACUUGGAGGAGGAGGUGAGAAAAUUCGUGCAAGAGUAUGAAGGAAAGCAGAAAAUCCUAGGACAGAUGAAGGAAGAUGAAAUGGAUAGUGAGGAUGAAGAGAUUGUGUUCAUUGGAAGAAAUGGCACAAUGAGUGAUGAACAACGGAAUCUAGUGGAAGAAGAGUUACAAAGAGAAAAACUAGUCUUCGAUUCUUUAGCUGACGAUACAGGGGCAAGCUUCGGACGCUGGCUUGUCCAUUCGAUUGCAUCUUACUACGGUCUCACUUCUCGAUCUAUCACAGUUGGCGAUCCCGCUCGUCGCGAGGCCUAUGUCGGUAUAAAGGAAAUGGGCACAGGUGGACAGAUUUCUCGUCUUCAAUCAGACCUCCCCCGUCCCUUGUGGGGAAUGAUCUGAUUGUGGAGGUUUGAUAUUCUACCUUGGCAGAUCUAUGCCAUUACUCUUUUCUGCUCCGGUUAUCAGUGCCACACUGUGAGCUCAUUUCUCCUCUUUUUACAUUAUCCGGUUUUGCAUAGCUAUGAGAUCAGUAGAUGAUAGAUCUAAUCAUUAUAUUUAAUUCGUUGAAGCUAUUUGAUAUUCCGAUUUAUUACUCCAUAGAUUUAUCACGUUCAAACAGUAUUAUCAUUCAUUGACCUUGACAAUAAAUGCUUCACUCAGAAUGAGUUCCGACAAGUGUGUUGAUGGACCAGUG